AUGUUACUGGAUGCUGGUCACCAGUUUCCCGGACUGGGAGUGGGGUCCUUCGCCAGGCAUCACUCAGCGAGCGAGAUGCAGGACAGAGACUUGAGUUUGGCACAGAACAGCUUUGUGGACUCCGCACACAUGGGUGCGUUUAAGCUCAACCAUGAUCUCUCCCCGGGACAGAGCUCUGCCUUCACCACCCAGGCGCCGGGCUACCCCGCUGCGGCUCUUGGGGCUCACGCCGCCCAUGUCACGUCGUACGCGAGCUCUCCUUUCAACUCUACCAGGGACUUUCUCUUUCGCAGCCGAGGCUUCGGAGAAUCCUCUCCGGCGAGCGGCCAACAUACUAUUUUUGGCCCCACGGCGGGAUCCCUCCAUCACUCCCACACAGACACGCAAGGCCACAUUUUGUUCCCGGGGAUCCACGACCAGCACGGCUCCCACGGCUCCCCCAACGUCCUGAACGGCCAAAUGAGACUCGGACUACCGGGAGAAGUUUUUGGACGCUCCGACCAGUACCACCAGGUCUCCAGCCCGAGGACCGACCCGUACUCGGCCGCGCAGCUUCACAACCAGUACGGCUCCAUGAAUAUGAACAUGGGGAUGAAUAUGGCAGCCCACCACCACCCCGGUGCCUUUUUCCGCUACAUGAGGCAGCAGUGCAUCAAACAGGAGCUCAUCUGCAAGUGGAUCGACCCCGAGCAGCUCAGCAAUCCCAAGAAGUGCUGCAACAAAACUUUUAGCACCAUGCACGAGCUGGUCACGCACGUCUCCGUGGAGCACGUCGGCGGACCGGAGCAGACCAACCACGUCUGCUUCUGGGAGGACUGCGCCCGGGAGAGCAAACCGUUCAAGGCGAAAUACAAACUGGUGAACCACAUUCGGGUGCACACCGGGGAGAAGCCUUUUCCGUGCCCGUUCCCCGGCUGCGGGAAGGUGUUCGCGCGGUCAGAAAACUUGAAGAUCCACAAAAGAACACACACAGGUAAUUAUGAAAGAAGAGUUUUAUUUUCCUUUAAUAGUACGAGCUCUGGUGUUGUUGUGACUAAGCCUACAUGUUCGUUUAUUUCGCUGCUGUAAACAUACGCGAUGCCAAGAGCAAACACAAAUAAGGAUCUAAUUAUCAGAGGCUAUUCCAGGCUGCUAAAGUAGAGAAGUAUUUGUGGAAACAAAGUAGAAUUAGGAUAACAUCCAGCACGAACAGGAAACCAGUUUGGAGUGGCGGAAUUAUUCCACCCACACUGGAAACAUUUGUAAAUCCUUUUUUUGCGUUUAACACUCUUGAUCUGCGCAAAAACAAUUUCAUUAGGCCUUUGUGGGAUUUAUUCCGCAGAAUAAACUUUAAAAACAGGUCAAAGGGGGGGAAUUAGAGCGCGUUGCGUGCACCGUGGAGCAGCCAGUCUGGUAGUAGAUCUUAUCAAUCGGUUUAAUGUUGUAUGAUCUUGAUAGUGCGCGUUUAACAACCCCCUCAAGUCCUUUUUUUCCAUUCAUAUUUUUCCCUCUGUGGCCUUUUAGAAUUUAUUUUCAGAUCUAUUUCUAUUUCUAUUUCUAUUUCCGCACAAGCACUAGUGUUUAUGCGUAAAGAAUGCCUUUUGUUAUCUGAUGCGUCCCCUUUGAUAGGAUCCAAGGUGCUAGACAGGGCCAUCAGAAGCCUCUCACAUUUGGACCUUCUUUCUAGGGAAAUACGUUCUGGUGCCGUGCCAUGAAAUUGGUCAGGUGCUAAUUAGAUUUUUAUUGUCUCCCAGCAAAUGGUUCGCCUUCUGUGGGCCUACUGAGGACGGCCCUGUGUCCCCUCUGUGUCCCUGCCCCCCUCCAAAUCACUAUGCGCAUUAUUUAUAUAGGCUAAAGUAGAUGGAGCAACCCCCCCCCCCCCCCCUGCUCUUGUGCAAAAUACGACUUAAAGUUUAGCUCACAAAUUUGUAACCACUGAAUGCAUCGUGUUGAAUUUGCAGCCGUGAGAUUUUAGGAAUUACAUCUCCACACUCAACUUCAUGUUUGUAUGUUACGCACUGGUUUUUAUAUAUAUUUAUUUAUUAGAACAGCUCCUUGUUCUUCUUGCCUGGGGCGCCUCUUUCUGCAAAAUCUGACUCUGUCUUUUUGGAAAUUUUUUUUUGGCCUGCAGGAGAGAAGCCGUUCCAGUGCGAGUUUGAAGGCUGUGACAGGAGGUUUGCAAACAGCAGCGACCGAAAGAAACACAUGCACGUGCACACAUCGGACAAGCCAUAUCUGUGCAAAAUGUGUGACAAGUCCUACACACAUCCCAGCUCCUUACGGAAACACAUGAAGGUAAAUAUUGUUGCACAGGAUUUUUACUUCUGGCCUCUUUGAUGCAAACAUGAGAUUAUUUCCAGGUGUUGAUUUUUGUAAACAUGAUAAUUAAUUGUGGUUAUUUCUUGUUCUGCAAAGGUCCAUGAAUCAACCCCAACAGCAUCAGACUCCUCACCAGCAGCAAGCUCCGGCUAUGAGUCCUCCACACCACCGGGCCUGGUCUCUCCAACCACCGAGACCCAAAGCAACACCACCCUGUCCCCUGCCUCAGCUGUGCACAACACCACCAGCCACAGUGGCCUAUCUUCCAAUUUCAGUGAAUGGUAUGUGUAG